AUGUUUGGAGGUUCUACCAAACUUGCUACAGAAGGUUUAACGGACUGGAGAAAUGUUAUUAAGGUUGUAAAACAACAUGAAGUCUCUAACGAACAUACUAACUGUCAAAUAGUAUUUUUACGUAGGAGUAAUAAUAUUGGGAGAAUAUAUAGUGAUCUCUGUGUUCAAAUAACCAAUGAAAUAGAUUAUUGGAAAAAUGUGUUGAAACGGGUUAUUGCUGUUAUAAAAAAACUGGGAAGUCGCGGUCUUCCAUUUAGAGGUUCCAUGGAAAAAUUUGGAAGCCAAAAUAAUGACUCAACUCCUGAUAUCAGCCACACAGACCAAUUAGCAUACGUUAUUCGUUACGUUAGAGAUGACGGUUUUCCUGUCGAACGCUUCAUGUGUUUUUUACCAAAUGUUGAGCAUAAGUCUGAAGCACUUGAAAUGGCUGUAAUGUCUUUAUUAACUAUAAAUGAUAUUGAUAUAAACAAUUGUAGAGGCCAGUCGUACGAAAACGCCGCCAAUAUGUCUGGAAUUUACUCGGGUUUACAGAGUGAAAAGUACGAGUUUGAUAAAGUAAGGACUAAAAAACGCAAACUUCAAGCAGGCGAGACAAGAGAAAAUGAAGUCCAUAUGACUGGAAGUGAUAAAUUAAGAAUAGGAACAUAUUUUUCCAUACUGGAUCGUGUGAAGAGUGAAAUUGAAAAGAGAUGCGCUGCUUAUAUUAAUACAUUUGGCAAAUAUAACUUUUUGACUAAUUUAAUACUACUUUCACCUGAAGAAAUAACUCAAAAAGCUAAUAAGCUUCAAGAAUUUUAUAACGUUGAUUUAGAAAAAUCAUUUGCUUGUGAAUGUGUUCAUUUUCGAGCAUAUCUUCAAAGUAUAAAUAAAAAUAUUGAUGGAGUUAACGAGUUAUCAAUACUCUUACGCGGUAAUAAUUUAUAUACAGUUUUUCCUAAUGUAGAUAUUGCUCUACGUAUGCUUUUAUGUAUGGCAAUAACUAACAGUUCAGCCGAGAGUUCUUUUUCUACGUUAAAACGCAUAAAAAAUUAUUUGAGAGCAAGUAUGGAAGGAGAUAAACUAAAUUCACUGAGUUUAUUGACAAUUGAAACUGAACUAGUGAACAAAAUGGACUUCGAUGUCAUAGUAGAUGAUUAUGCGACUCAAAAGUCGCGCAGAAAGCCGAUGAGUACUAGGCACUAA